CCUCAAUCCGUUCCACAACCAUGGUGUCGUCAUCAGUCCUUGGUUUCCCCCGCAUGGGUGCAAACCGUGACUUGAAGAAGGCCAAUGAAGCAUACUGGGCCGACAAGCUCUCCCGUGAUGAGCUUCUCGCCGAAGCCAAGAGGCUUCGUCUUGCUCACUGGAAAUUGCAGAAGGAUGCUGGUGUUGACCAGAUCCCCAGCAACGACUUUGCAUUCUACGACCACGUCCUCGACCACAUUCAGAUGUUCAACGCUAUCCCAGAGCGCUACUCGAAACACGGUUUGGCGCCAAUUGACGAGUACUUUGCCAUGGGUCGUGGCCACCAGAAGGAUGGUGUCGAUGUUCCCAGUCUGGAAAUGGUAAAAUGGUUCGACUCAAACUACCACUACGUCAAGCCUACACUUCAGAAAGACCAGAGCUUCAAACUCGCAUCUGACCCGAAGCCUGUCCGCGAAUACUUGGAGGCCAAGGAAGCAGGCAUCAACACCCGGCCUGUUCUUCUCGGCCCGGUCUCUUUCCUUGCUCUUGGAAAGGCCGACCGUGACCAAGAUGUCGAACCUAUCUCCCUCCUCCCCAAGCUCCUCCCAGUAUAUGUCGAGCUUCUGACCGCUCUGAAGAAGGCCGGCGCCGAGACCGUCCAGAUUGAUGAGCCUGUGUUGGUCUUUGACCUGCAACCAGCCGUCAAGGCUGCCUUCAAGCCUGCCUACGAGGCUCUGGCCAAGAGCGACCUCCCCAAGAUCGUUCUUGCCACAUACUUUGGCGACAUCGUCCACAACUUCGAUGUUCUCCCAGCGCUUGCAAACGUACACGCUCUUCACGUUGACCUUGUCCGUCACCCAGAGCAACUUGAGCCCGUAAUCAGCCAGCUCGGACCUAAUCAGGUUUUGUCUGCCGGCGUUGUUGACGGCCGUAACAUCUGGAAGACCAACUUCAAGAAGGCUAUUGAGAUCGUUGAGACUGCUAUUCAGAAGCUUGGUGCAGAGCGCGUCAUCGUUGCUACCUCGAGUUCUCUCCUCCACACCCCUCACUCUCUUGAUAGUGAGAAGAAGCUCGAUGCUGACGUCAGAGAGUGGUUCUCAUUCGCUGCGCAAAAGAUCCGUGAGGUCGCUGUGAUUGCUAAGGCUGUCACUGAUGGUCCUGCAUCAGUCAAGGCCGAGCUCGAGUCAAAUGAGAAGGCUAUGCAGGCCCGCGCUACCUCCAAGCGCACCAACAACCCCGCUGUCAAGGAGGCUCAAUCUAAGAUUACCAAAGCUAUGCACGACCGCAAGUCUGAGUUCCCCGCACGUUAUGAGCAACAGAAGAAGCACCUUAGCCUUCCCCUCUUCCCUACCACUACCAUCGGUUCCUUCCCCCAGACCAAGGACAUCCGCAUUCAACGUAACAAAUUUACCAAGGGUGAAAUCACACCCGAGGAGUACGAGAAGUUCAUCGAGAAGGAGAUCGAUGAGGUCAUCAGAGUCCAGGACGAGCUUGGCCUUGACGUUUACGUUCAUGGUGAGCCGGAGCGUAACGACAUGGUUCAAUACUUUGGCGAGCGUCUCGAUGGGUACGCCUUCACCACCAACGGGUGGGUACAGAGUUACGGCUCACGCUGUGUACGCCCCCCAAUCAUCGUUGGAGACGUCUCACGUCCAGCUCCUAUGACCGUUAAGGAAUCCAAGUAUGCCGCAAAGAUGUCCAAGAAGCCCAUGAAGGGUAUGCUUACUGGUCCUAUCACCUGUCUGCGAUGGUCUUUCCCUCGUGAUGAUGUCCACCAAUCGGUCCAAGCUCAGCAGCUUGCUCUCGCUCUGCGUGAGGAGGUUGUUGACCUUGAGGCCGCUGGCAUCUAUGUCAUCCAGGUCGAUGAGCCGGCUCUGCGUGAGGGACUUCCUCUCCGCUCUGGCGUUGAGCGCGAGAAGUACCUCGACUGGGCUGUCGACUCUUUCAAGCUUUCCACUGCCGGUGUUGAGGACUCUACUCAGAUCCACUCACACUUCUGCUACUCCGAGUUUCAGGACUUCUUCCAUGCCAUCGCCGCCCUCGACGCUGACGUUCUCUCCAUCGAGAACAGCAAGAGUGACGCUAAGCUCCUCAAGGUCUUUGUCGACAAGGCUUACCCCCGCCACAUUGGCCCUGGUGUUUACGAUAUUCACUCCCCUCGUGUGCCUGCUGAGAAGGAGUUUGAGGAUCGCAUUGCUGAGAUGCUGCAAUACUUGAAGCCUGAACAGCUCUGGAUCAACCCUGACUGUGGUCUUAAGACCCGUCAGUGGAAGGAGACUAAGGCUGCGUUGAUCAACUUGGUCAACGCUGCCAAGAUCUUCCGCGAGAAGUACUCUUCUUAAACUAAGCAGCGCCCAACCGCUGCGAUGUAUUAUGCGCUAUGAAUUUUCAACAUGCAUGGACUAGAAAAAGCAUCUUAGUUUAUAGAUGGUGCGAUUUCAACAUCGGCGUUUCAACAAUAGGACGUCACAUGGGUUGCAUGGGGAGUUGACUGGGGAGAUGACCGGGGAGAUGACUAGGGCGAUGAUACCAUGAAAAGUGUUUGCAGCUUUCAACAUGCUGGGGAUCUCGACGAUACAUACGAAAAUCGAGGGAGCCUCCGUUUCUUACUUCUUUGUAUAUCAAAUUAAGUAGAGGAUGUUUGAUUCAAACCUCUCUAUGCAGUCUAUCUUACGCUAUCGAUGACAGU